UUGAUGUCUUCGUAUCAGUUUCGUUUGGUCGCUCGACGCCAGCAGUUGUUGAUCGCCUGCGCUUGCCAUUGCCGCCACAGCGAACGACGCUAUCAGGAUUAUCGACAUUAUCGCACACUCUGACUAUCGCGCGUAAAUAGAAUUGAAUCCAAAGACCAUGUCGCUGCUGGUGGUGCUGCUCAUUUUGUACAUCAUUUGGGAUGUUAACUACUUUAUACGCUGCAUUUUCACGGUGCUCGCCGGCCGGCUGUUCCAGGGCAAGCGCAAGGUGACGGACACCACAACCAUCUACGGCCUGUGCACCUCCCAGGACGUGGACAUCUUCCUGCGGCACAUGAACAAUGCGCGCUAUCUGCGCGAACUGGACUUUGCCCGCUUCCAUUUCUAUGCGCUGACCAAUCUCUAUGAGCUGGUGCGUCAGCGCGGCGGCGGCGCCGUCCAAGGGGCCAGCAGUGUGCGCUAUCGCCGCACCAUACCCAUCUUCCAUCCCUACAAGAUCCAGACGAAGCUCGUCUGGUGGGACGACAAGGCCAUCUACCUGGAGCAACAGUUCAUCACACUGGCCGAUGGCUUCGUCCGCGCCGUCGCCCUCUCCAAGCAGUGCAUCACCAAGUGCAACGUCAGCGAAUUGCUCAAAACUUACCCCGAAGCGGCCAAGCGCCCAGAGAUGCCGGCAGAUCUUAAGCUCUGGCUGGAUGCCAUCGAAGUGUCCAGCCAGAAGCUGCGCAAGGAUAAAUGAGCUCCAAUUGGAAUGCGCCCAUUGGCAGAGUCCAAUUGGCAUGAUCUUCACCCAGCUUUGUUUACGUGUAGUUAAGUCUCUUCGCCGUCUUCCUCUUCCUCUUCUUUCCCAUUAUUAUUUUUUUUUAUCACUCUUUAAGCUUAGUUUCUUUUGCUUUC